CGUUCCUGAAAUAAACUUCCUGCAAUUCUUUUCAGUGUGCAGGUGUCCAGACUCCCCUUUACUCAUGGUCGCCUGUGCAGCCCGUCAGGCGACUGAAGGCUGUACCUAAAAUUCUGCUGGCAGUGCAACACACUGCAAUGGUCUUGAUAUAGUUACGGUGGACACCUUGUACAGCUACAGGCUGUAGCAACCCCUCCUAGUCCGAACAACUGAGUGUUGCGUUCCAGGAGUCUACACGUGUGGAGGACUGCCUGGAAUAGAAAAAGGAAAGCUGCAGAGAUUGUAAGCUGCUGCUUGACCCGUGUGGCUGUUGUGCCGAGGAGCAUCAAAACUUUGCUGGAUGGAUCCGACAGCUCGUUGCAGAGUAGAGGUGCUAGAGGGUGCUGCUGAAGAAGAGGCUGAAGAGCCAGACGCUACUAUACAUACAACACUAAGUGAGGAGACCAGCAACCAAGAAGAGAGCCACAGUCAAUCAGGGGAUAAAAAUGAAGAGAAGCAGCUGGAAAGCUUAAACAGCUACAAGGUAUCACCAAGUUCACCAAACAGUUUGGACGGAGCAGACUUGUCCUCCAUUGAUGCCAUGAUGUCAGCAGUGAUGAAUGUGGGGAAGAUUGCUGAAAAUGGCGGGAACUCUCAAAACGUCAAAUCCCCCUCGAAGUCUCCUGCACCAAAUCGGAUUGGCAGGAGGAACCAGGAAACAAAAGAAGAGAAGUCUUCCUAUACCUGUCCUCUGUGUGAAAAGAUUUGCACUACACAGCACCAGCUAACUAUGCACAUUCGUCAGCAUAACACUGACACUGGAGGGACAGACCAUUCCUGCAGCAUCUGUGGAAAGUCUCUGAGCUCAGCGAGCUCCCUUGAUCGCCACAUGCUGGUGCACUCAGGUGAAAGGCCUUAUAAAUGUUCAGUAUGUGGACAGUCCUUCACCACCAAUGGAAACAUGCACAGGCACAUGAAGAUUCAUGAGAAGGAUCCGAACAGCAUCGCGAGCACAACUCCCCCAUCGCCGCUGAAGCGCAGGCGGUUGUCUUCGAAACGGAAGUUUAGUCAUGAUGCUGAGAUGGACAGAGAGGAGAGGACACCUGCAAAAAAGGUUGUCGAGGAUGGUCACUCUGGUGAAGGGGAUAAGAAGGCUGAGGAGGACGUUUAUCAUUGUCCAGUGUGUUUCAAAGAGUUUUUUUGCAAGUAUGGGCUGGAGUCCCACAUGGAGACACAUCCAGAUAAUUCGCUGAGGUGUGACAUCUGUUGCAUUACUUUUCGUACUCAUCGGGGCUUACUGCGCCAUAAUGCAGUUAUCCACAAGCAGCUUCCCAGAGAUCCCAUGGGAAAGCCUUUCAUUCAGAACAACCCUUCAAUUCCAGCAGGCUUCCACGACUUGGGAUUCACGGACUUCUCCUGUAGGAAGUUCCCCCGCAUUUCUCAGGUCUGGUGUGAAACGAAUUUGCGAAGGUGCAUCAGUGACUUCCAUCGAUUUAUUUGUGAGACAUGUAACAAGGCAUUCCCCAUGCUUUCAGCGCUCAAACUGCACACAGAAACUCACGUGGUGGAUCAGGGAAAAGACAAGCACAAACCACAGUCCAUGACCCCACCCGGCGAGAACCCAGACCAGAAAGCCUUCAUGGCAUCCUUGGGCCUACAGUACACCAAAGACAUCAAGCCUGUCAAGCAGGAGGACAAUACACAAGAUGAGGUCCAAGAAAUGCGGCUCAGAGCACUGAAGAGUAACCUACCUCAGGAACCCAGCAGCACCAGUCUGCUCAGCCUCUCUUCCCUGGAAGCUGCCUCUAUGGGAGGGUCAUUUUCAGUCCUUCCCCCUACAAAAGAGAACAUAAAGCUCCUCUCGCUGCAGCCUUUCCAGAAGGGUUUUAUCAUCCAGCCUGACAGCAGUAUUGUGGUAAAACCCAUCUCCAAUGAAUCUGCUAUUGAGCUGGCAGACAUUCAGCAGAUCUUGAAGAUGGCUUCUUCUGCUCCUCCUCAAAUCAGUCUUCCUCCACUUUCUAAGGCACCUUCUGUCCCUGUGCAGUCCAUUUUCAAACAUAUGCCGCCGCUGAAGCCAAAGCCUUUGGUAACACCGCGAACAGUCGUCGCAACCUCUACGCCUCCUCCUCUUAUCAGUGCCCAGCAAGCCUCCCCUGGCUGCAUCAGCCCAAGCCUCCCACCUCCCCCUCUGAGGCUGAUCAAGAACUCGGUAGAGUCCUCCUCCAACUCUCACCUUCCCCAGCCAGGAGCCAAAUUGAGUCCUUCCUCACAGUUGCUCCUCCAACCCAAAGUAGAGCCUUUAACUCAGCACGAGAUGAAGACACAACUGGAGCAGGACAGCAUCAUUGAAGCUCUCCUGCCUCUGAGUAUGGAAGCCAAGAUCAAGCAAGAGGUCACAGAAGGAGACCUCAAAGCCAUCAUCGCAGGGGCAGCGAACAAGAAAGCCCCAACCAUGAGGAAAGUUUUGUACCCCUGCCGUUUCUGUGACCAGGUGUUUGCCUUCUCUGGUGUCCUGAGAGCUCACAUCCGUUCUCACUUGGGUAUUUCCCCAUACCAGUGUAACAUUUGUGACUACAUCGCAGCUGACAAGGCAGCGCUGAUCCGGCACCUGCGGACGCACAGCGGGGAGAGGCCUUACAUCUGUAAAAUCUGCCACUACCCAUUCACAGUGAAAGCCAAUUGUGAGAGGCACCUGCGAAAGAAGCACCUCAAAGUGACCAGGAAGGAUAUAGAGAAAAACAUCGAAUAUGUCACUAGCAAUGCUGCAGAGAUGGUGGAUGCCUUCUGCUCCCCCGACACUGUGUGCAAGCUGUGUGGCGAGGACCUGAAGCAUUACCGGGCCCUCCGCAUUCACAUGAGGACGCACAGUGGCUGCCAGAAGAAGAAGCCAUUUGAGUGCAAGGAGUGUGGCACAGCCUUUUCAGCCAAGAGAAACUGCAUUCACCAUAUCCUCAAGCAGCACUUGCAUGUGCAAGAAAGGGAGAUUGAGAAUUACAUCUUAGCGGUGGACUGCAGUGCCCAGGAAAGCCAGACAGACCCUCCUUUAUUGGAGGACAGCACUUAUAUGGACCACAAGCCCAUGACACCUUUCCUGGAGCCACAAAACGGCUUCUUGCUUGGGACGUCAUCUCACGUUCCCGUCAAACUUGAACCUACCGGCAACUUCCCGAUGGAUUUUGACGAGCCGUUGGAUUUCUCUCAGAAGAACAAAAACCUGAGUGCUGUGCAAGUGAAGCAGGAGAACCCGUUUGGCUCUUCUCCCCUGUCCCUCUAUGACUGUUCCAUGGAGCCUAUUGACCUGUCCAUCCCCAAAGUCCUGAAGAAGGAUAAAGAUGAUGUCCCAUAUGAAGCCAGGAAUCAAGAGUUGGCUGCUUCUGGGAACAGUGAUAAAGCCUAUAACUGUCUGCAGUGUCCUUUGGUUUUUAGUACCAAUGGGAACUCAGAGGCAAACAGGGCUGUCAAACAUCCCCAGCCACUGAAAGGUUCAUUGCAUUUGACUGUCCCAAUCAUUUCCCCGGCUCUCCUUGGCAAUUCUGCCUUGCUGAGACCCUUGAGGCCUAAGCCACCACCACCACCUCUCUUGCCAAAGCCUCCAGUAACUAAAGAGCUGCCACCGUUGGCUUCCAUUGCACAGAUCAUUUCAUCUGUUUCAUCUGCUCCUGCUCUGCUGAAAACGGAGGCUGCAGAUGCCAGUCCCAGAGCAGUGAGCAGCUCCACUGGGUGUGACAAAUCAGGGAACGCCAAAGCAAAAGUGACAAUCGUGACCACCGUUCAGAGAGACUCCAGCCUGCCCGGUGACCUGACUCAGGCACGUGAUCCAGAGCAGUCUCCCGUUGUUGAUGCUGGGUUGACUAAGAAAAGAGGUAGAAAGAAAGGAACGAAAAAUAAGCCUAAACUUAGCAGUGGUGUGGAUCUGGAGUCAAGUGGGGAGUUUGCCAGCAUAGAGAAGAUGCUGGCUACCACAGACACUAAUAAAUUUAGCCCGUUUCUGCAGUCCACUGACAAUUUCAAGGAAGAAUGCGGCAGAAAUGGAACAAGUGAGGACGAGAAGGAAACUGCUGAAGAUAAGCUGCUGAGAGGGAAGAGGAAUGCUUACUCAGACUGCCUGCAAAAUAUCCCCUGUCCUUACUGUCCUCGAGUCUUUCCAUGGGCAAACUCCCUGCAGCGGCACAUGCUCACUCACACAGACAGCCAGUCUGAUGCAGAGCCACUAGCGGCAGGAAACGAAGUCUUGGACCUGACCUCCUGCGAGAAGGAACAGCCAGAGGAAAUAACAGACCUACCAGAGAGUGAGUGCGGCCGCAUGGAGGAGCAAAAGGCUGACUCCCUUCUGGCAGAAGAGGAUGCUGAAGAAAAAGGAAAUGGAUAUGAAGAGGGUCCUGAGGAAGAUUCUGUAAGUAACAAAAGUCUUGACCUCGAUUUUGCCAGCAAAUUAAUGGACUUCAAGCUGGCAGAGAGUGACCAGAGUGCAGGCAGCAGCUCUCAGACUGAAAGGAAGCAUGCCUGUGACAUUUGUGGCAAAACCUUCAAGUUUGCUGGCACUCUUAGCCGUCACAAAAAGGCCCACACUCGUGAGGACAGAAAGGAUGAAAGGAGCAGUGAGGAUGAAAGCAAAAGCAUUCAGGAUGAUGCAGGAGCUCCCUCGAUGCAGGACUCUGGUCUUGAGCAGGAAGAGUCUCCGAUGGACUUGAAGGUAGUGGAGUCUCCUGUGGACUGUGAGGCAACAGGAAAGGAGAAUGAAGAGAGCGAAAGCAUCUCUGAGGGGGAAGGCACAGAGAGAAAGGCCACUGAGAAGAGCAGUGAUGACAGAAAACCAAAGACUGAUGGGGCUAAGAGUACUGCAAAAGCAGACAAAAGAAAGAAAGUCUGUACUGUGUGCAACAAGCGUUUCUGGUCUCUGCAAGAUCUGACACGACAUAUGCGGUCUCAUACAGGUGAGAGACCUUACAAGUGUCAAACCUGCGAACGGACCUUCACUCUGAAACACAGCCUGGUUCGUCACCAGCGCAUACACCAGAAAGUCAAAAAUGCCCGAAACCAUGGGAAGGAGAGCGACAAGGAGGAGACCCAGUCGAGGUGUGGAGAAGACAGCGAAAAUGAGUCUAGCCACAGCGGCACCAACCCCAUCUCAGAAAACGAAUGCGACUCCGCGGGGGGCGUCAGUAGCCAUACAUCCCUUGUGGGAAGCCGAAAAGAGUCCCUGGCCGGCACGGUCAAGUACUCUCCCUGCAGAGAGGAGAGGCUGAGCGGGCAAGGAGCCGGAACCUGCCUCGCGGAGCCCACCAGGAGCGCACAGAAACAGACCGCAAUAGACCAGGAACCUCGGGGUAGCUCUGAGCACGAGAGGCCCUCAGGUUUCAUUCCAGACUUGCUGGAGAUGCACAACAAAAAGUCUCCCGUGAAUCACAUCCUUGCCCCUGCAGACAGUGCACCUCAGCUCUUGGGGGUUGAAUGA